UACUACCGGAUUCGCGGAGCACAGACUGCUUCUCUGCUUUUUUUUUGUGCCUUUUUUACAUGUACUGUAGUCUAUCUACUGUAGUGUCCUUGUACUUCGCCUAUGUGACCCUGUUGUGUGUGAUGACGGACUGGGUGCUGUACAAAGUUACAAAUCCUGAAUGCCUUCCUUGCUGAUGCGUCGCUUGUCGCUGUCGCUUGCACUGCUGCUGCACGAAAUCUGUGCGCUGCCCACGUCGUAAGCAGCUAGUCGCUAUGGCCUCGAAGGCCAUUGGCGGCGGUGGCGCGGAGCCACUGGACGAUCGACUAACGGGUCUGUACGAGAAGGUUGUGGAUACGGAAUCCCUUCUUCAUGCCGAUGCCCUCCUUGAUUCCAUCGCAGCUUUGGUGCAAGAUUGUGACUUGCCAAGUCUCAAACGGAAUAAGAAUGUUCAGAACUUCUUGGAUCGCUAUGUCGAACCGGUGAAGGCAAUUAGCGAGUCCCGCUUGUCCAAGGAUGAUUUCAAAUGUAUCAAAGUCAUCGGCCGGGGUGCUUUCGGCGAGGUGCAAUUGGUACGCCAUACGCCUACAAAACAGGUAUUUGCUAUGAAGAUGCUUAGCAAGCUGCAAAUGAUCGAGCGGUCGGACUCUGCAUUCUUCUGGGAAGAGCGUGACAUCAUGGCCAAAGCAGACAGCGAAUGGAUUGUGAAGCUCUUCUUUGCAUUUCAGGACCCUAUGUAUUUAUACAUGGUGAUGGAGUAUAUGCCAGGCGGCGACCUGGUGAACCUAAUGGCAGAGUAUGACAUCAGCGAGUCUUGGGCAAGGUUCUUCACAGCAGAGGUGUGCCUGGCGCUGGACAAGAUCCAUAGCAUGGGAUUUGUGCAUCGGGACGUCAAGCCCGACAACAUGCUACUGGACAAAAGCGGGCACUUGAAGCUGGCCGACUUUGGCACCUCGGUCAAGAUGGGCAAGGAUGGAAAGGUACAUGCUGAGUCUGCUGUAGGCACACCUGACUACAUUUCUCCAGAGGUGCUGCAGUCACAGAACGGCAAUGGUUGCUAUGGGAAGGAGUGUGACUUCUGGUCUGUCGGCGUCUUUCUUUACGAGAUGCUCUAUGAGGAAACUCCAUUUGCCAACGAGACCAUACUUCAACUGUAUCGAAACAUUGCUAACUACAAGACGUCGCUGAAGUUUUCACCCGAGUUCGAAGUAUCAGAUAAGGCCAAGGCCAUGAUCCGAAGAUUCUUGUCAGAUGCAGAUACUCGACUGGGUACGAAGUCACCUGACGACAUUCGAGCCGAGCCGUUCAUGCAGCACGAUGAAGACUGGAACUGGGAUAACAUCAGACAGUCCGUGGCACCGGUGGUUCCAGAACUCUCCGGUGACAUUGAUACGCGGCAUUUUGAUGAUAUGGACGAGGAAGAUGGCAGCAAGAAGACCCUGCAGACACCAAGGAACUUCUCCGGUGACCAGCUCCCGUUCAUUGGCUUCACAUUCUUCAACAAGGAUCACAUGUGCCUAACACUCAAGUCUCGGGUAAAGAGUGGAGCGAAAGAGGGCGAUGCGCAUGGGGCGAGAGGAGCCAGCGGUGGUGCUGAUUCUGCUGAGCUGAAGCGCCUGCAGACAUUGUCCCGCGACCAGGACACCAAGAUCAAGACGCUGGAAGAGCGCAAAACUCAGCUCACUGCAGAGGUGGCUACCAAGGAGACAGCAUGUCAGGAGUUUGAAGCGCACAACUUGGAUCAGAAACGCGAGAUAGGCAAUCUGCGCCUGCAGCUGCAAACACUGCAAGAAGUCAAGUCCAAUUUAGAGGAAGAAAUCAAGUUACGCGAGGAAGCCGAAAGUCGUUUGGACGAGCUGAAGCGCAAGAUGACGUCUUCGUCUCGUUCCAGUGCAUCUGGCAGCAAGGUUGAAAGUCUGGAGAAAGAUCUUGCUGACAUGUCGCGCAAGCUACAAGAGGAGAAGCACAAGAACAUGUGGAUGAGCGCAGCGAAAAUGACCUCAAUGAGAGAGAAGCAAGGCUUGGAGGAAGUGAUCGAAGAGCUCACGCAGAAAGUGAGGGGACUAGAACGUCAGCAGCAGGUGCACGCCGAGGAGCUGCAGGCAGAAGUGGAAAUUGCCUCAAUGGAGACGGAAGCUAAGCGAGACGCACUCAGCAGCUUGGUGAAGCUGGAAGAGGAGAAGCAUUGGCUAGAAGACCAACUGCAGAUGAAUAGCUUGAAAAUGACCGAAAGCCUUACCCAGACACAGUCUUACGAGGAGCAGAUCAGUGCCCUGAGGCGGGAGAAGAAUGCAGCAGAGGCCGAAGCCAGGAGAAAUGCACAGCGCUGUGAACAACUAGAGAGCAUAAUGGACGUGCAAAGUGCGGAGAAGGCCACAAAGUCUAGUGCUAGUCAAGAUGAAAUCAAUGCGCUACAGAUGAAGCUACGCGCUGAGGCCCUGGCCAGGCAGGUGGCAGAGAGCAAAGCAGAUGAUGCUGAGAAGGAGCUCAUGGACUCUGUGCGAGCCAUGGGUGUCGCCCGAGAGCGUUUGGAUGCUACCAGCAAGUCAACAGCGGAGAUGAGAAAACGAGUUGAUGAGUUGAUGAAGCAGGUGGAGGUAGAGGCACAGCGCAGAGCGCGUCUGCAGGAAGAGUCGAAACGCUUCGAGUCCGACAAGGCUGCGUGGAAGCUCAAGGAGCGUCAGCUGCAACAGUCCUCUAAGGAUCUGCGCCAGGAGAAGUCUCAGUUGUCCGACUCCCUGUCCAAGCUACAGCGCACCACCGUAGCACUGUCCGAGCACCAGAGAACCUCCGAGAGCCUGGCCGUGCAGAACAAUCUGGUGUCCGGCUUGCGUGAAGACCUGGCCGAGCUGAAGAACACUGUCAACAAGCGCAACGAGGAGCUGGAGGAAGCACGCCAUGAGCUAUCUACUGCUCAAGAAGAGCUCGGUGUGAUCAAGGAGAAAUACAAGAAGAUGAAAGACUCGUACAGCCACAACCGGGACGAUUGGAAUGAUCGCAUGGGUGACCUGGAGCAGGAGAAGAUGAUGCUGGAGUUGCAGAUUAAUGAGAUGCAGGUGAGAGCCAGGACAGCGGCCACAUCGCAGCGUAACCAGCAGAUGCAGAUCACCGAGGAGCUGGAGACUCUGCAGCACAAGGUGAAGGAUAUGGGCCGAGAGAACGAGCAGCUGACCUACGACAACGAGGAUCUGGAGGCCAGACUGCAGGACCUGGAGGAGCAACAAUACUCGGAAAUUGAAAAGGAGAGUGACCUGCAGCAGAAGUGUGUUGAGUUGGAAAAGAAGUACGAGACGGAGGUGGUUCUGAAGAAGGAGGCAAUUCGCAAGCUGGAACAGCUGCUUCAGCAGCGCACUCUGAGCACGGCCACCAGUACGGGCAAGGGGGGCAAGGCAGUGUCUGCCGAGGUGCAUCGCAAGGAGCACGAGCUGCGCAAGGUGCGCGGCGACCUGGAGAAGGAGCGCAGUAACGCGGCACAGCUGCGCCGCCGCUUCCACCAGGAGCUGACCGACAUCCAGGCACAGGUCGUGGAGGAACAGCAGCAGAGGCGACUGCUGCAGAAGGACCUGAUGGAGCGCGAGGAUCAGAUCAAGGACCUGCAGAGACAGAACGAGCAGCGAAUCGCAACCACGAACGGUGCACUCCGGCCAAGAAACGGCGAUGGAGACAACAUGUCUCAUUCGUCUUCACUCAUGCGAGAAGGCAGUGUGGAUGAAGUUGAUGGGCAUACCAUGCCGAGGGCAGUCACGUCAGCGAAGGCUACUAUGAACGAAAGGACAGACCAGUUGGUUAGUCAUGAUAUGCAGGUACCGAAGAAUGUCAAGAACAUCCGAAAGAAUGGUUGGAAGCCACAGGUCAUCGCUGUGAACUUUGCCAACCAGUGUAUCAAUUUCUUCGACGACGAGGAUCGACGGCAGCAUGAUUCUCCUGUCUUGUCAAUAGCUUUCCGGUAUCUUCUGCGUGUGCGGUUAGUUACGCAAGCAGAUCAGCUGGUUUCACGGCUGCCAAGCAAAGAAAGGGAUCGUAUUUUCCAGAUAACGUACACGUCGCAAAUGGAAGAAGACGCGGACAGCACGGCCAGCUCCAGUGUGUCCACAUUGUCUGAUGACCAUGGUGAUGUUACUCAGUAUCGCGGUCAUCAUUUCGUCUCUUCGCCGCUCCGCUCGCAUGCUGUGUGUGAUGCCUGCUCCAAGGACAUCUCCUAUUCCAAGGUCUUCUCUUCCACGGCGUACGAAUGCAGCCGCUGCCAGUUCAAGUGCCACAAGCAGCAUGUCGACAAGAAAGACGACAUCAUUACCAAGUGUGUUGGAGAUGAGAACAGUAAAUUAAUUCUGAUAUUGGCCAGUGACAAGAGCGUGGCGUCGUUCUGGGUGUUCCGACUCGGCCAGUUUGCAGCCUCGAGCCAUGGAGAUCUUCCUCUGCAGCUGGCCAGACCGGACACAAUGGACACGUCUCACUUUCCAAAGUUCCCACGUCACAAUAGCUCAAUCAAGUCCAAAGAACGCCCAGUGUCGCGAUCAUCCAGUGAUCGGAAACAAGAUGGUCGUGAAUCUCCAUUCCGGAAUCGCAGUGGAACCAUGCCACACAAGUGAACCAGGAUGAAGGAAUAUGUACAUCCGUGUGAGAGCCGCUUGGAUGGCCCACAAGUUGAGACAGCAGUCCAUGAUGAAUGAGUAUGUCUGUAUGCCACGAGCGUGUGUGUGUGUGUGUGUGUGUGUGUGUGUGUGGCGCGUGUGUGUGUGUGGCGCGUGUGUGUGUGUGUGUGCGUGCUUCUCUUGUGAUGGGUGUAUACAUGGUACACGGUGUGCGCGCGCUAUGCUGUGAGUCUGUGUUUUAGCAGUGGGUAGAUCUCUUGGUCAUUUUUCAGUUUAGCUUUACUACAUGUACCACAUGUGCUGUAUAGGUAGUAUGUCACGUAUCCUCUACGGAGAGCCUAAAACGUUAUAACGCACAGAGAGACGCACAGAGAGACUAUCAGAGAGUAUUAUUAUAUCCAACAUGCCUUUACAAGAGUACUUUCAAGAUCAUGCUGCUGCUGCCGCCACUGCUAACAACACUAUAGACAUGGCCUAUGUACAUGUACAUGUAGGUAUGUUUCAUCACCAACCAUCUAUCCAAACAGCACGUAAUCACAUGACCUGCCUUGAGAAAUGCCCUAGUCUGGCUAUAGAGUGUUUCGCUUAGGACUUCGUUGAGCAGCGGUUGCUGUAAAACUGGGAGAAACAGAGAAAGAGAGCUCUAUUUUCUUUACUGCCUAGGCUCUGUGACGGCUUUGUUUCCGUAUUACUUUUCUUUUUUUUGUGCCGUGUCGUCAAACAUAGUAGCAGCAAUGUACUACUACAGUACAGAGUAGUCUGAGCCUGCUGCUAUGGGCACUGUAAUGCUGAGAGAGAGAGUGUGUGUGUGUGAGAGAGACUUUUUUUAGACCAACAUCAUCUUUUAAAACGGCUAUUCAUAGAUUGUGGUUUAUUCGCCUGCUGAUUGUUUGUGACAUACAGUGUUGUACCCUACAA